UGAUUUUCCCUGAACAAAUGACAGAAUCAAAUGAAAUUGGUGGUAAUACUUAUGCUGGUUCAACAGCCUGCAGUGGACUUGAUAAUAUCAAAGAAGAAAUCAAUGAUUCGUUUGAUGAGAACAAUAUUACUACAAAUGAUGCAGCCUUGCCUGCUUGGGUCAGCCAUCAUGAUGUUAAAGAAGAAAUAGAUGAAACUGGUGAUAAUACAGAGACUGGUUCAACAGACUGUAGUGGACUUGAAAAUGUUACAGAAGAGUUUGACUAUACAAAUUAUAAUACACAAGUGACUGGGGUGAAACCAUUCAAAUGUGAAUAUUGUGAGAAGUGUUUCACUCACAAAAGUGCUUUAAAACUGCAUAUCAGGAUUCAUACUGGAG